AUGAAAGGGCUUCUGGGGCUGUCCCUGCUCUUGCAGGUCGCCACGUUAACUCUUGCCGACGCGCAAGCCGACCAGCGAGUUUUGGGCGGUGAUGCGACCAGAAACCCGCCAAAAGGUAACUCAUUACAGGCAGAGAUAGCCGCACAGGGCGGCGGGGAAACAGCACGAGACCCUGGGUCCGAUCUCGUCGACUCAGCUCUCCUCGAAUUAAACAAGCUACACCAGCCGUUGCACAACCGAUCACAGAAGCAACAUGGCAUCUUCGGCACUCUCUUGCACCUCGCUCUCAAAGCGGUACCGACCCUACGGCUGAGUGCCCCGACCCCAGAUUCCUCAUCGAGGCCCGUUCUUAGCGGGAAGCUCUUGCACGCGACCAAACUUCUCGAAGAGUCCGCUCACAAGAACAACUCCGAUGCCCUCUACAUACUCGCCGAGAUGAAUUUCUACGGCAAUUUCUCCCACCCGAGGAACUUUCCGGUCGCCUUCGACUACUACCACCAGCUCGCACUGCUCAAUGGCAACAGCUCCGCGCUCUACAUGAUGGGACUUAUGUACUCGACGGGAAUUGGUGGCGCGGUGGAGCGUGACCAGGCCCGGGCUCUCCUUUACUACACCUUUGCGGCCAACAAGGGACACACGAGGGCUGAGAUGACUGUGGCUCACCGGCACCACGCAGGCAUUGGGACGCCCAAGAACUGCGAGACGGCGGUCAAAUACUACAAGCGGGCGGCGGACAAGUCCAUUGCGUGGUACCGUUCUGGCCCGCCCGGUGGAAGAAGUUGGAUUGCCCAAACACACAGGAUUGCGGACGAGAACGGUGGUGCGUAUGGGGAAGGGGCUAGCGCUGCUAGCGCCGGGAGUAAUGCUCUCAAGGCGCACCCCAACUCCGACGCCUAUGCCUCUAUUGAAGACAUCAUCGAGUAUCUCGACCUCAUGUCCCAAAAGGGUGAUUUCAAGGCGUCGUUUAACCUUGGAAGGAUAUACUAUGAGGGGCAGAGGGGUCUGGACAAAAACAUGGCACUCGCCAGGAAAUACUUCUUCGAUGUCACGCAAAAGUACUGGCGCAAGAGCCGGGCCGUUGAUAACCCCAAGCCCGGCCUAGAUAAGACAGCGGCCAAGGCAGCGGGCUAUAUCGGGCGCAUGUACAUGCGCGGGGAGGGCGCCGAGCAAAACUUUGACCGGGCCAAGAUUUGGUUUGAGCGCGGUGACGUCCUCAAAGACGCCCAGUCUCAGUAUGGCUUGGGUCUUUUAUAUCUUCACGGAUACGGGACCAGGGUGAAUGUUGGGAAGGCCAUCGACCAAUUCAAGGCGGCCGCCUCCCAGGACUAUGCUGCGGCGCAGCUGCAGCUGGCAUAUCUCUACUUGGAUCGUGGAAGUAACGAAGAUAUAGCCAUGGCAAACCACUACUUUGAGACGGCGGCACGGUGGGGCAACAUGGAGGCCUACUACCAUCUUGCCGAGGCGAAUAACCUUGGACUUACAACCGAGCGCUCGUGUGCGGUGUCCGCUUCUUACUAUAAGAACGUCGCCGAACGGGCCGAGCCCCUCGUCUCCUCCUGGGCGGAAGCUAACCUAGCCUACGAGAACGGUGAGACGGAACUUGCGCUGCUCGAGUACCUUGGAGCUGCCGAACAAGGUUACGAAAAGGCACAAAACAAUGUCGCCCACAUUCUUGACCCGGACAGAUCUCGCUUACCUAUUGCCCAACUUCUGGGCCACCAACACACGUCCGCGUUGCUACAAGACCCGACCCUAGCCUUGAUUUUCUGGACGCGCUCGUCGCGGCAGAACAACAUCGAUGCGUUGGUUAAGAUGGGCGACUAUUACCUGUAUGGAAUCGGCACAGAGGUCGACGUCGACAAGGCCGUGCAGUGCUACACGGGCGCGUCCGAUUUCCACCAGAGCGCGCAGGCGCUGUACAACCUCGGAUGGAUGCAUGAACAUGGCGUUGGGCUGGAUCAAGAUUAUCACCUAGCCAAGCGGUUCUACGAUGCCGCGCAAGCGACCAACCAGGAGGCCUACCUCCCGGUCGCGCUCAGCCUACUCAAGCUGCGGGCCAAGAGCGCCUGGAACACACUGACGCACGGUAGAAUCAACUCUAUUCAAGAUGAGCCGACCCCUAAGAAAGAAUGGUCUCUUAGCGAUUGGAUCAACAACUUCCUGCAGGACGACGACCUGUACUACGACGAGCUGUAUGAGGACAUGUACGAGGACGAGAUGCCUGGUGGCGACCCGCUCGAUAUUGACGACGGCGUCAUGGAGAGCGUCGUUAUUCUCGGCCUCGCCGCUGCCCUCGUGUUCCUUGUCAUGUACCGCCAGCAGCGGCAGCAACAAGCAGCGAGGCGGCGGGAGGAGGAAGCCAGACUGCGGCAGCAGCAACAGCAAGGAGGCGUCCAACCAGGAGCAGUGGCUGCAGGAAAUCCGCAGCAACCACAACAGCAGCAACAGCAUGGAGCCUUUGCCCCACGACCGGGUGAUCCAAAUUUUGGGCAGUGGGCGGCUGGGGGGUUCGGGCAUUGA